AUGGAAGACUUUAAGAUUCAAAAGGAGUCAAAAUUGUUCUUGACUUCAAAGAAAAAGGAACAAACUGAUGAGAUUACAGAAUAUCAUGUUUUUAAUGGAAACCAAUUGAAUAAUGUUGGCAUCUUGGGAAAUUGUGACAUUCAAAAACAACAAGAAUCAGAAUUGCACAUAUUUCCAAAGAAAAAGGAUCAUCAUAUUUUUGUGAGAACAAAAACUGGAAAAAUCAUUGAUCUGUCAGUAGAAACAAGUAAUACCAUUGAUGCUACAAAAAAAAUGAUAUAUGGUAAAACCAAUUUCCCCCCUGAUCAACAACAUCUUAUUUUUGCUGGCAAGCUAUUAGAAGAUGGAUGUACAUUGAGUGAUUACAAUAUUCAAAAUGAGUCCACAGUGGAUCUUGUACUUAGAGUAAUGCAAAUUUUUGUGAAAACAAUUACUGGAGGAACUAUUACUCUGGAGGUAGAUCAAAGUGAUACCAUUGAUAAUAUAAAACAAAAGAUAAAAGAUAGAGAAGGCAUUCCUCCUGAUCACCAAUGUAUGAUUUUUGCUGGCAAGCAAAUGUUAAAUGGACGUAUCUUGAGUGAUUACAAUGUUCAAAAGGAGUCCACAUUGCAUCUUGUACUUAAAUUACGUGGAGGAAUGUUUCAAGAAACCAGUGGACGUCUAGAAUUCAGUGCAUUGCCACCACUUACACAAUAUCUGCAGAUGCAAGUUCCUGAAAUACAUAUGCAAGGCAAAUCUCAUGUUGGUAUUGCUUGUAAUUAUUGUGGUAAAAAAGAAUGGAAAGGUGCAAGGUUUAACUGUUCAACAUGUUUUGAUUAUGACUUGUGUUUUGAGUGUAUCAAAAUGGCCAACUUGCUUCAUGAUAAACAACAUAAUUUUGUGGAAUACUUGGAUCCAGUAAAUGAAAAAGUUACUACAAAAAAAGAUAUCACAACUAAUCCUGUUACUGUAUUACCAAUACUUCCAACAACAAAAGAAGAGAUGUUGAAUUUAUUACAUGAGGAAGAAAAGCGAAGGCUGUCACCAGAAAUGCAACAACAAUAUUACAAAGUUGGAAGCGAUCCCACAUCUGGCAAGGACUGGAUGGAUGUCACUGACCAAAUGCAAUAUGAGUUGGUUCGAGAGUUUGGUUACUCAGAUGAAGCUGUACAAUUAUUAAGACGUGCUCCACAACUUUAUCAAGGAAAUGCAGACUUCUACAUGAUUCAAAUUCGUGAAGCACAUGCCAGUGAUGUUUGGCCAAUUGGUAAUAUCGUUGAUGUUAAAGAACACCGUACAUUGGAAGAACGAUUAGCAGCUGCACAUGAGAUGGUUAAAGCUACUAAUCUGAAGAUUCCUGUGCUGGCUGAUACAAUGGAUAAUAUUUUUUUGAAGUUAUAUUCACCUUGGCCAUUCCGAUUUUUUGUAAUUGUAGAUGGUAUUUUGAAACUUGUUGGAAUGCCAAAAGAAGCACGCUAUGAUACAACAGAUCUAGUCAAUUGCUUGGAUAUUCUUAUUUAA